AUGGGAGGCAAAGUAAGCUAUAUUAACAAAACACAAUCAGAGCAGAAGGUACUAUCGCUGGACAUAGGGAAAAAGGGUCUGCAGAAGAUACCAGAGGAGGUAUUUACAUCACCCACGUUAAAUUGGUUGAUUGUGUCCAAUAACCGGAUAAGAAGUAUUCCCAGCGAAAUUCGGCAGAUGACAAGUCUUACACGGCUUGCAAUGAAUGACAACUGGAUAGAGACGGUUGCAGAGGAGAUGGGGGAAAUAACUAAUUUAACCUGGGUAGACCUGACUCGAAACAGACUUCGAGACCUGCCGAAUACUCUUGCAAAUCUGAAGAAUGUGGCUGGGCUUGGGCUUAGUGAGAAUCGAUUUGAAAAGAUUCCUGAGUGUGUGUUUGGAAUGACUUCAUUGUGUAAGUUUGGGUUUUUCAGUAACAAACUACAGGCAAUUCCUCCACAGAUUGCAUUAUUAAAAAAUCUUACUAAGAUAGAUUUGAGCAACAAUGACAUUGUGACUGUGCCCAAGGAAAUAUGUAAGCUGUCCAGAUUGGUGUGGCUUAAUCUAAGUAAUAACAAAAUAAAAGAACUCCCCACAGAAAUGGGCAAGCUGUACCUUCUGCAAGAGUUAGGAUUGGGCAACAAUUCACUUACGCGUCUUCCUGAUCUGGGUGCACUAAAGAGACUGACCAUACUCCCUGUAUAUAGAAAUCGUUUGGAGGAGCUUGGUUCUUGGGUAUGCAAAUUAGAAAAAGUGGAAAAGCUAGACUUUAGCAAUAACAAGCUGAAGAAAAUUCCACCAAUGAUAUUUUCGUUAAAAAAACUAAGAUAUCUUAAUGUAAAGAACAAUUUACUUGAAGAGCUAGACGUGAAUGUAUAUCCAUGCACUUCGUAUCCGCUGGAAAUCAUAGAUUUGAGCGACAACCUGCUUAAGCAUAUACCGUACAAGUUAUUUACACUAUUCCCAGCACUUGCAACACUCCGUGCAACAGGAAAUCCAUAUGAAAAAGAACAAAUGAUUAUUCCUCAGUCCUGCCCCACACUUAAUCAGUUGUGCAGUGUAUAUACAAUACCUGGUCCUGGAGUGUGGCCGCAUAAAGAGUGCGUAUUUGCUAAAAAUGGAAAGGUGUGUGACAUAUGCAAUAAAUGGUUUGCAUACGAGCCUCGGGUUGCUCUUAAACCCCAGACAUCUUUCGAUGGGAGAAAGGUCAUGGUAAAAAAGAUUCUUUGCUCUUCAAGAUGCCAGUUAGGUAUCUAACUAAUAAAUUCACAUG